AAUGAUCAUUUUACUUCCUGCUCUGUUAUACCGUCCUCGAUCAGUGUUAGAUGUUAUGUUAGGACGGGAGAUGUGUUCACGCUGUCGUGGGGAUUGUACUUGUGCAUGGAGGUGAUGGUAAUGACGGCAUGUGAUGACACCGGUCCGUGGUAGAUGUACGGAAACACGUCGUUGUGAUUAGUACAAAGAACGUGACCACGAGGCAUACACAAUGCCCAAGUCGAACGACGUAGUAGUAUUCCACGUCCAGGAUGCAGCAGAGUGGUGUGAAUACCUGAUGGGGCUGUUUAAAAUGAAUAAAACCCUCAGAAUCAAAUCAAUUGACUUGGAUGCAUUGGAGUAUGAAAAUCCCCCAGAGGUGACCAUGGCGGCACAGGACUCCUAUCUCAUCGUCAUCCUGGCCUCUCCAGACAUGCUUCAUUUCAUGGCCGACAAGGCUUGGUUCAGUGAGCCAUUCAAACAGUUGCAGGGCAAAACCACAGUGGUAGCCGUGUUGUGUUAUGUGGACAGCGGACAGUUUGAUGGUGCUGUAGCUGAGAACUAUACAAAGUCGUCGACAUGGAAGCAUUAUGUGAUAAGCAGUGAUUACAAUGAAAACAGGAACAUGGUGGCAGACAUGAUGGGCAUUGUUGACCAGAGUGACGCACCGCCUCCACGCGUGCCUUCCAGACAACAGCGGAAAGUACACAAGAAGGAAUCCAAGGGCCAUGCUGAUGUGAAGCUGAAAGUGAUCCCCAGUCGUGUCCGCGGGCCACAAGAUGACAUUGUAAUAGCCUUCAAGGAAGAGAAAAAGGGAACAAUUCAAGUCAGCUUCACUGAUCUUAAGACCAAAUACGACACCAAGAAAUUGAAUCCUUAUACAGUCAAAUUAAAAGCACCAGAUCUUGCACCCGGGAACUACAUCCUUCAUGUUUUCCAAGAUGCCAAAGAAAUUCACAAGACACCAUUUUAUUACACGGCACCACAGGAAAGCGCGUUCCACUCUGUGGAGUAUCUGUCUCAAGCACUGCAAUGUGAAAAUAGGGCAGCAUUGGACCGGAAGUUGGUGGAUGCCCUGGAAAGCAGCAUUCCAGAGGACGAUAGUCUGGAAUUCUUGUUUGAGAAAUUGAAGACGAACCUGGCUGCGGGAGUCAGUAAGAGCAAGAGCCAGUACCCAACCAUGCUGCACUUCGCAGCUGCAAACGGUCUUACCGAGUUUUGUUCCUGCCUGCUGGAUGUUCCGGGGUCGCUGAUAGCCUUCCAGGUGGAGAACUGUGAUGGCCGAGACCCAGCUGACCUCGCAGAUGUCUACAACCACCCGGAACUGGCUCAGUAUAUACGAGAUUUCAUGGAGACGGCCUAUCUCGCGGACGCGUGUGAUCUCUACACCCACAUGGCGGCAGGGUAUACAAACACGAGCCCGGGAGUUGAGACUGAAAGUUACUACAUGGAAAUGCAGGGUCGGGGCCCUUCCAUUCCUGAAGAACCGGAGGACCCGUAUUCCAUUGCCCUACCCCCCAACCUUGGCACUGCUCCUCCUCCCCCUAUACAGCCCCGGGCAUCCAAACUACCCCCAGUACCCAACAAGCCGAGACGACAGUCAUCAGAUGUAAAACCGACGACAUAUCUAAGCUCGACUGUUGUUGCCGCUAGCACAGGUCGCGCGGCCUGUGCCCCAGCAUCCAGGCCCCGGUCCCCAGCCGCUUCCAAUCUGAUGAGAGUUAAAUCUGAACGAGCUCCAAGACCUUCACGUAUUCCUGAUGAUAAUGAGUCGAAGUCCAAGACACUGCCUGCAGGAUUAACACCCUCUGUUUUUAUGGGUAUAGUAGAGGACGAACAAGCCCUACCACGAGUUGCCAUGGGUUCCACGAGUCAAAACGAACUACUAGAGAUAAUGGACGGCGUGAAAGAAGGCAACUUUAAUCCCCACGAAGCCCUCAUGCUGUUCAAAGCCUGGCAACAAAGGAACGGGGAAGGACAGUCUAGGUCCUUCAAGCAAAGACAGAAUACCCUGCGGCAGAUGCGAGAAGACUACAACACUGUCAUCACUACAGUGACAACAACGGCCGAUCAGAUGUCCAAAAAAACCAGCAAACCCAGUUUCUUCGCCAGACUCAUCAGCAAGCGCCAGAAGCCGCCCAAACACGUCCUUCAGAUAUCUGACCCGAUUGCAACCCGGCCGAUCCCAGGUGGAAACAACAAUCCGUCCAGUCUUAGAUUCAGCAACCUGAGCACGACGAGCUCAUCCAGUUCUUCGUCCAGAGAUAGCGCAGCCAGCAUGGCCAAUGACCAGAUGAGCAGCAGUGAUGAGGGCGAUCCUGACCAAAGACACGAUGUAGUAUAUCGGAGACAAACCAGCUCAACGAGGUCCCUUAACCAAGUAAAGCGUGAGUCGCACCGGAUGGAGUUUCUGGCCCAGACGGACAACAUGGAGGCACCCCCCAUACCGCCUCGCACCCACACCCGCACCAACAUGGCACGCCCUGUCCCUCAAACACGCCCACCCAGAUGAUCUAAUCAUUGCUCCUCCCUUGAGUCCGUCUAACUUAUGUCACAUCUCCAUGUGAGACAUGGAAUGUAAAUACGUAUACUGGCGAUGUAUAUUUCACAGACAGAUGUAAAUACUUAUUGUUUCUCAAUUCAUAAUCAGUGAAAGACUACAUCAAACGUUCAACAAAACUUAUGCACAUGAAACGAAUGCAAGCGAAAUGAUGGGAAAUUCUAUACAGAGUUUUUAUGUAAAUAUGUUUGCACAAAGUAUAUAAAGUUUCAUCCAUAACUAAACUUAAAAUUAAGACCAAUUUGGACUACUUAGGUAAUGAAAUAUAAUGAUAUCGAGUUAUGACUUGAAAUAUGAGGAAACUGUCAGUCUGGGGCUCCUUUCUCGAAGCAACCUUUACUAAGGUUAACCUUAACUCCCAUUCUUUAACAUUGCACUAAGGUUACCUUAGUAACUUACGAUCACCUCAGUGAUUUGUGAAAGGAGGCCAUGUAAUUGACUACAUUUGAUGCAGGAACUUAUCAAACAGAUAUUUUGCGAAGUGUUGAUAUAUUUUCCCACUUGUUGACAAGAACUACCACAGGUAGCGGUAAUGAAAGCGGCAAACACAGUGUACUGAAGGGAACGACGAUGGUGUGAACCCACGUCAGUAUCCCAACCAGUUAUAUACGAUCUCAUAGUAAACAGGUAAUAUCGAUCGAGUGGUUGUGUUGAGAGAUACGCAGCUUUUAUAUGUCAGUAUUCCAGAAACCAUUGCAACCAUGGGACGCCAGAAAGAUAUUUUGUGCUUUGAAAUGAUUUUUUUCUUGUAAUAGAAAACAUAUUUUAUAUUGUGUUAUUGCCAAAUUGUAAAUGUCAAAUAGCUAGAAUCAGUUGUAGAUUUGGUAAACCUGUUUUGGUAGAUGGUCUUGUGUACAGAAAACAUGUCACUUGUCUGAAGCCAGGUUGGGGGGUGUAGUUUAAUGGUUGACCCGUGUCCGUCAAUCCUCACACCCGUGCAUCGGCCCUGACAACACGGAAACUCAGCAGUGAAUGGAUACAGUGACACACUCACCAAGGGGAUAUAGCAAGGGGGUACAGUAAUAGACUUAUCAAGGGGUAUAGUAACAGACUUAGCAACGGGGUAUAGUAACAGACUUAGCAAGCGGGUAUAGUAACAGACUUAGCAAGGGGUAUAGUAACAGACUUAGCAAGGGGGUAUAGUAACAGACUUAGCAAGGGGGUAUGGUAACAAACUUAGCAUGGGGGUACAGUAACAGACUUAGCAAGGGGGUAUAGUAACAGACUUAGCAAGGGGGUACAGUAACAGACUUAGCAAGGGGGUAUAGUGACAGACUUAGCAAGGAGGUAUAGUAACAGACCGACAGUGUGCAUGGGUGUGUUUGAGAAAAAAAAUAUUAUAUUCCAGUUUUCAUUCCACCUUGAAGUGUGAUAUGUGCCCCAAUUUUUUAAAGAAUGAGAUAAUUUGAGCAUAAUGUACAUCAAAUACUGUUUUAUGUUGAUCUACUUAUUAAGAAAAACAAUUUGCAUAAUAUUGUACAUGUUCUGUAUGUAAAUGUGCAAAAAUGAAUUUAUAUGGACAACUCUUUCGUGAUUCACAGAUCUUGCUAUAGCUGCUAUGAAUUAUGAUACGCCAUAUAUAUAUAUAUCUUUAAAGGCACAAUGUCACACCACACUUCACUAAAAAAUUAAUAAUGCAUUUCUCUCAAUAAUAGUGCUAUCAGCCCUAAGGGGAGCUACCAUAUAAUUUAUUCCAAAAGAAUUACGUAUUUAGAUUACAAUAUUAAAUUUGAAAAUUCGAAUGAAUUAAUGCAACGCUUCAUCAAAUCGACUCUCGUACCCUCUACCGGUUGAACAUUAUUUCAAGCUAACCCCAUACAGUUAUGUCCCUUGGAGCGCAGUUUACGAAUAUCCUAUGCACAACUUGUGAGUGAAACCAGUUUGGUAAACACCGACAAUACCGCGUGCGAUAGGUAUCGACGUGCGGAGCAAUCGUUUGCGCAAGUGUUAUCUGUUUGGAAGCUGUUCGCCUCGAAGUUUCGAUUAUCGAUUUCAGACAAGUCAUAAGGGAUAAUAAGUCUUUUAUUGCAUCGAUAGGAAGCUAAAGUGAGUGCAUAUGCCCCCAAUAUAUAUACUAUAGCAUAGAAUAUUGUCGAAAAUGUGUGACAUUGUGGUUUUACGGGACUCUCAGAACUAAUAGAGCUUCUUGUUAUAAGUUCCUUUCGCUAUUGCCUGUACAAUACCCAUGACCAAUGUACUGUGGAUGUAUACGGAGUGAUAGCAUCCAGCUCUUGAGUCCCCAUAAAUGAUGAACAUGUUGUAGGCAUCACUUUGGUCUCUAUUACACUUGUGUGAUAAAAUGUGAUAUAAAUAAAAGCUUUACGGGCUGAUUGCAAUCAG